AUGCCAGUUGCAAAGAUAGCACCCUCAAUGCUUUCUAGCGAUUUUUCGCAACUAGCAAAUGAAUCUGAUCGAAUAAUCAAAGAUGGCGCUGAUUGGUUACAUAUGGUUAUUCAAUCUCUUCGUAAGCAUACAAAUGCAUUUUUAGAUUGUCAUUUAAUGGUUGAUAAUCCUGGAAAGUGGGUUGAUGAUUUUGCAAAAGCUGGUGCAUCUAUGUUCACCUUUCAUAUAGAAGCAAUGGAAAAUCCUGAAGAUAUUAUUGAUAAAAUUCAUAAAGCUGAUAUGAAAGUUGGAAUUGCCAUAAAACCAAAAACUCCAAUAGAAGCUAUAUUUCCAUUUGGUGACAAGAUUGAUAUGUGUUUGGUAAUGACUGUUGAACCAGGUUUUGGUGGUCAAAAAUUUAUGCCUGAAUGUAUGUCAAAAGUAAAAACAUUAAGAGAAAAAUUUCCUGAACUUGACAUUGAAGUUGAUGGAGGUCUUGCUCUUGAUACAAUAGAUCAAGCUGUUGAAGCAGGUGCAAAUGUUAUUGUUGCUGGGACUUCUAUUUUUAAAGCACAAAGCCCCAAAGAUGUGAUUUCUACUUUUAGAGAGAAAAUCAAUGCUGUACAAAUUAAAUCUUGA